GCUCUCGUCACAGAAUCGGCGUUACUGACGUCGAGCUUGUCCGCUAGCUGUUGGAGAAAGAGGAAAAAAAGCUUACAAUGCCUCGAGUUUACAUCGGGCGACUGAGCUAUCAUGUCCGCGAAAAAGACAUCCAGCGAUUUUUCAGCGGAUAUGGAAAACUCAUGGAGAUAGACUUGAAAAACGGCUACGGGUUCGUGGAGUUUGAAGACAACCGGGACGCCGACGACGCGGUGUACGAGCUGAACGGGAAGGACUUGUGUGGGGAGCCGGUUAUCGUGGAGCAUGCCCGGGGGCCGCGGCGAGAUCGAGACGGUGGCUACGGUGGGGGUUACUGGGGUGGUGGCCGCAGUAGUGGAGGUUAUAGCAGCCGGAGCCGUACUGGCAGGGACAAGUACGGACCUCCUGUCCGUACUGAGUACCGCCUCAUUGUGGAGAACUUGUCCAGCCGCUGCAGUUGGCAGGACCUUAAGGAUUUCAUGCGUCAGGCCGGUGAGGUGACUUAUGCCGACGCCCAUAAAGAACGCACCAACGAGGGCGUGAUUGAGUUCAGGAGUCACUCCGACAUGAAGAGGGCUCUGGACAAACUGGAUGGCACAGACAUCAAUGGACGGAAGAUUCGUCUGGUCGAAGACCGGCCUCGUAGGCGAAGGUCCUACUCUGGCAGCCGCUCCAGAUCUCGUAGUCGCCGUCGCUCACGAAGCAGGAGUCGCAGAAGCUCAAGGAGCCGCUCCAGGAGUCACUCCCGGUCUCGAUCCCGUAGUGACAAGAGGCGUCAACAUUCCCGCUCCAGGUCUGAGAGGAAGUCUCGUUCUAAGUCAGGAGAAAGAAAGUCUCGCUCUCGCAGGUCGCGCUCUCACUCCGGCAAGUCAAAGUCCCGCUCACGCUCUCAGAAAUCCCGCUCUCGUUCAGCUGACCGAAAGUCAAAGUCCCGUUCAAAGAGCCGCUCCAAGGUGAAGUCGGAGCGGGAUUCUCGCAGUCGAUCAAAGGAGAUGUCCACCGACAAGAAAUCUCGUUCACCUUCUCCGGUGGAGAACGGAAAGGAGGAGUGCGCUGUCAAAUCUGCUUCCCGCUCCCCGUCCCCGCAGGAGGAGGAGCGCCGGUCCAAGUCCAGGGAGAAACGCUCAGCCUCUCGCUCGAAGUCCCGCUCACGGUCUCGAUCAGCCUCUCAGGAUUAGCGCGGACGUUUUUCUUACUGUUGAACAUGAUCAUGCUGUACAUAGCGAGCAGUGUUGUCAUUACUCGCUUCUGCUUCCUGACUCGUCUGCUUUUCUCCCUCAGGUCCUCAUUUGUCUUUUUGUAUGUUACACCUGCAGACUACCACAGAAUACACACCAGUGGUAUGAGCACCUCAUUAAAGAAAAUCUUAAUUUUGCUCCAGUCAUUGAACAGAUAAUGGUGGCGUCGCACAACUCCACAGGUUUGGUCGACAUCAGUUCUGACCGUCUGUUCUCAUUGACAGUGGUAUAGAGCUCAGUAAACAUUGGGCGAAAACAGGACUCAGUUCAAUCUUUACUCAAUUCGCCACAUAUUUUUUUUGGGGCGUUUGCAGAUUGAGCGAGCAGUUAAACAUUUUAUGUCUCUGAUCUGCAGAUGUCAGUCUAAUGUUUCUGUGGUGGUUGAGGGAGAAAAGUAGCAUCUGGUUGCAGCACUGCAGCGAGUUUUUUUUUUUUUUUUUUUUUUUCCUCUUUGAUCUGCAGACAUGACACCUGCUUUUUGGGGAGGUCGGUCAGUCUUGGUGUUUUAACAAUGCCUUGGCUGGGAUGCAUACGCUUGUACCACAACUCAACUUAUUUACAAGGAAAUAUGGGUUUGUAUUUCAUGUAAAGAGAUCUGACGUCUUCAGUGGGUUAAUACGAUACCUUCUAACCUCGUGUAAAUAAAGCGUAAUCAGCACAAAAUUGUUUGCUUUUAAUAUUUUGUAGCUAAGAUUUUUUUUUUUUUUUUGGAAACCAGGGUAAUCUCUGGUUAUCAGUUAAAAUUUUGAUGAGCUUCAAUACCUCCGAUGCAGUAUCCCACUUCUAAUGCUUUUCACACUGCUGACUGUUACCCUGGUUAAAGCGUUUUUUUCCCCCCUGCAGGUUUAAUUAGGGAUUUGAGGUUUUUAUUGGACUAGUUUAACAGGUUCAUCCAGCAGUGGAGAUGAACUUGAAAGGUAGAUGCAUUAAAAUAUGCCUGUGGAUGGAAUAAAUAUCUCUCUCUUUUGAAUGCAGACGCUCUCUUUUUGUGGAAGUUUUUUUUUUUUUUUUUGUCUCCCUUGAAUGAGAUCUAAUGAAAUUGUUUUCCUUGCCAAUGUAUGUUCAAAUAAAAACCUUAAACAACA